AUGUUCAUGGAGUUCUUUCUUCCUGGGGCCAGACCCUAUUACAGGCCAAAUCCACUGUAUGAAAAAUUGAAGUUAAAGGAGAAGCUGGUCAUGUCAUUCCUGAACAAAUUAGAGACGGAGAACAUUGACUCCUGUGAGAACUUCCAGGAACACAAGAAGGAGAUUAACUUCUAUAGAAACCUGCACAAUAGGCUCCUGUUGCAGUCUUCUGUUGUAAAGAAGUCAUUGGUCCAAGUGAAGCAGGAUUACAAGGAAGUGAAGGCUGAUUGGUACCUCCUCCAACAGUACUUGACUGAGAUGAAUCUGACUGUUGAAGAAGAACAGGAGAAGACCAGCAACCUCCAGAAACAGCAAUAUCAGGUCUCAGAAGCUGCAAGAGAGCUGGAAUUGGCCACAUCCCAGCAGGAGAGCCUCCUGCAGAAUGAAUUGCCACCUCAGGAGCCCCCUGCUGAGCUCCCUCCUCAACAGCCACAGACUUGUUUGGAUGAAUCUCCUUCCUCAUAG